GCCUCCAACCACGGCGCUUCCGGCGGUGAGCUCCAGUGCUGACCGCCGCAGCUGUGCCUCUGGUCUCCGGCCCCUGCGUACCCCGAUCACUUCCGGGUAGUACUCCACGGCCACGAGCCGCGAUUGGGGGACCAUAAACGGGACACUUCCGGUGUCCAGGUACUGGGUUCUUCGGCAGAAUGAGGAAGAUGGGGCAUGCCACUGUUGCCCGUGUUUGGUCCGUCACAUGGCUGGUGCUGCUCUUGCUGCUCUCGGUCUGCGCCAGCGGCCCCCGCACCUUAGUGCUGCUGGACAACCUCAACCUGCGGGAGACGCAUUCGCUUUUCUUCCGGAGCUUGAAGGACCGGGGCUUUGAACUCACCUUCAAGACUGCUGAUGACCCCAGCCUGUCCCUCAUUAAAUAUGGGGAGUUCCUCUAUGACAAUCUCAUCAUCUUCUCCCCUUCUGUAGAAGAUUUUGGAGGCAACAUCAACGUGGAGACCAUCAGCGCCUUUAUUGAUGGUGGAGGCAGCGUCUUGGUAGCUGCCAGCUCAGACAUUGGUGACCCUCUGCGAGAGCUGGGCAGUGAGUGCGGGAUCGAGUUUGACGAGGAAAAAACGGCUGUCAUUGACCAUCACAACUAUGACAUCUCAGACCUUGGUCAGCACACGCUCAUCGUGGCUGACACUGAGAACCUGCUGAAGGCCCCAACCAUUGUGGGGAAGUCAGCUCUAAAUCCCAUUCUCUUUCGAGGUGUUGGGAUGGUGGCUGAUCCUGACAAUCCUUUGGUAUUGGACAUCCUGACGGGCUCUUCUACCUCUUACUCCUUCUUCCCAGACAAACCUAUCACCCAGUAUCCCCAUGCGGUGGGGAAGAACACCCUCCUAAUUGCUGGGCUCCAGGCCAGAAACAAUGCCCGCGUCAUUUUCAGUGGCUCCCUGGACUUCUUCAGCGACGCCUUCUUCAACUCAGCAGUGCAGAAGGCCACGCCUGGUGCCCAGAGGUAUUCCCAGACGGGCAACUAUGAGCUGGCUGUGGCCCUUUCCCGCUGGGUGUUCAAGGAGGAGGGUGUCCUCCGUGUGGGGCCCGUGUCCCAUCAUCGGGUGGGCGAGAAAGCCCCACCCAAUGCCUACACUGUCACUGACCUAGUGGAGUAUAGCAUCGUGAUUGAACAGCUCUCAAAUGGCAAAUGGGUCCCCUUUGAUGGUGAUGACAUCCAGCUGGAGUUUGUCCGCAUUGACCCUUUUGUGAGAACCUUCUUGAAGAAGAAAGGUGGCAAAUACAGUGUUCAGUUCAAGUUGCCUGACGUGUAUGGUGUGUUCCAGUUUAAAGUGGAUUACAACCGGCUGGGCUACACGCACCUAUACUCUUCCACACAGGUGUCAGUGAGGCCACUGCAGCACACGCAGUACGAGCGCUUCAUCCCCUCGGCCUACCCCUACUACGCCAGCGCCUUCUCCAUGAUGCUGGGGCUGCUCAUCUUCAGCAUCGUCUUCUUGCACAUGAAGGAGAAGGAGAAGUCUGAUUGAGGGCCUGGGGCCCGGACUCUGUGACAUGGAGAUGGGGGGUUUUCAUAAGACUUGGUGGUUUUGUUUUGUUUUUUAAAACCGUGAGAAAAUGGCACAGCUUUACCUCCAGGGGAGAUGCAGCACUGAGUUCCAAGGGGUGGGGGUCAGGGAAUAAUUUUUAUCUAAGUUUUCCCACCUUGAAUUGCUAAGAGGCAUUUUUCAUAUGUGCUGUCACGCUCAUUUCUAAAAUAAAGAGAAACGUUUCCCUCCAA